CUUUUAUUUUGAAAGCGUUAAUCUCGCAGAGGUUGGAUGCUAGACGCGGUGGAGGAGGAGGAAGAAGAAGAAGAAGUCCACAGAGCCGCAGAUCAGAGUCGAUGGUCUUGUUCUACACGGCAUCGCACCAGCGGAGAGAAGAAAAUAAAGAAAGCUGUCCGUGACGUCCAAAUGUUAGACACAGACUGAACCACUCUUCCAUCAUGGAUUCCAAGAAGCCAGGCAUUCUGCAGCAUCUUCGCAAGAAGCUGCCACAUCUUCGGCGAGACAAGACAAGCCCGAACAAGCAGGUUGCCCGCCUCAAACAUGCCGUUGACCACCGGAUGAGCUCCUCCGUUCCCGACAUGAGGGACAUGAGGCAGGAGUACGCCUCCAUUUCCUCCAGCUCGCAGCUCCGCCAAUACAACACACCCAGCUACAGCAGCCCCUCCACGCCGCUCGUCAAGCUUUCUGGGAGCCAGAAAGGAGGUGGGAGUGGCCUGAGCAUGGGACUAGGUAGCGAAGGAGUUGGGAGGAGUGAACACCAAGUGAGCGUGCCUGCAGACUGCACAGACUGGGCUUCCUCCCAGGAGUCAUUCAACAGUCUCUGUGAGGAGGAGAAAAACUCGCCGGACUCAAACUACAGACCCGCCAGGGGCAUGGAGCCUGAGGAGCUGGGCCUGCCGGAGAUGAUGACUGUCUACAGCCCACACUUCCCCACUGUAGGGGACUCACAGGACAGCUCACAGUAUGAUAAUCAUGAUUUCACUGGUCACGUGGCAAAGGAAGGGGACGACCAAAAUUGUGAGAUGGGCAACGAGAGUCCGAGUGUGUCGGAGAGCAUCAGAGAUCCUCCAAGGUCCUUCCUGCUCACCAUCAACCUGAAGGAAGGACGCAACCUGGUCGUCAGGGACCGCUGUGGUACCAGUGACCCUUACGUGAAAUUCAAAUUCGAUGGGAGAACGUUCUACAAAAGCAAAGUGGUUUAUAAAAACCUCAACCCCACAUGGAACGAGUCCUUCUCUCUACCUGUGAAGGAUCUGAAUCAGAAACUGUACAUCAAGGUAUACGACCGUGACCUGACAACAGAUGACUUCAUGGGCUCUGCCAGUGUCGUCCUGAGUGAGCUGGAAUUUGACAAAGUCAAUGAGAUGUCGUUGCCCUUGAAUGACCCAAACAGCCUGGAGGAGGACAUGGGCACCGUGCUGGUGGACAUGAGUCUGUCCAUCAGAGAUGGAGACAGUAAAAGAGGCCAACGGUGGCCCCAAUUACGAAAACGAAGUAGUAGGUCGGGAGCUUCCCCUCAGAGCGUCCGUCUGUCAGAGUCGCUGGCGAAGGGUCAGUUGUGGACUUCUGUUGUGUCAGUGACUCUGGUCGAGGGCCAGGAGCUGCCGGUGGAGGCUCAGGCAGGGCAGCUCUUUGUUCGCUUCAGACUGGGAGAGCAGAGAUACAAAAGCAAGAAUCAGUGUAAAGUGGCCAAUCCGCAGUGGAGAGAGAGGUUCACCUUAAACCAGUUCGUGGACAGUCCAGAAAUCCUCGAGGUGGAGCUCUGGUCCAAGGAGGGACGAAGGAACGAGGAGUGCGUGGGAACGUGUGGGGUGAACCUAUCCAUCGUCCCCUUCAAUCAGAGGCAGCUGUUCACACAGGCGCUGGAACAGGGCAGAGGGCGCUUGGUUUUCCUGAUCACGCUGAUCACAUGCAGCGGCGUCUCAAUCUCGGAUCUCUGCGCCGCGCCGCUUGAUGAACCUCAUGAACAACAGAACCAGCUGGACAACUAUAGUUUAAAAAGGUCCCUGACAAACCUCCGUGAUGUUGGUUUGCUUCAAGUCAAAGUUAUCAAGGCUGCAGAUCUGCUGGCGGCUGAUUUAAACGGAAAGAGUGACCCCUUCUGUGUGUUGGAGCUGGGGAAUGACAGACUUCAGACCCACACCAUCUAUAAGAGCCUCCACCCAGAGUGGAACAAAGUCUUCACAUUCCCUGUCAAAGACAUUCAUGAUGUUCUGGUGGUGACCAUCUUUGAUGAGGACGGAGACAAGGCGCCAGACUUCCUGGGAAAAGUUGCCAUCCCCCUGCUCUCGAUCCGCAGGGGACAUCAGAUCGCCAUCCCACUGAAGAAAGAGGACUUAGGUGGCCUGUCGAAAGGCAGCAUCACUCUGGAGCUGGAUGUUAUUUUUAACCCUGUCAGAGCAAGUUUAAGAACUUUCCAACCCAGAGAGAGAAUAUUUGUGGAAGACAAUCCCAAAUUUUCCAAAAAGGCUCUGGCGAGGAACGUGCUGCGCGUUCAGACACUGUACAGGGCGAUCAUGUCGACUAUGCAGUACAUCAAAAGCUGCUUCCAGUGGGAGAGUGUUCAGAGGAGCCUGCUAGCCUUCCUGGUCUUUGUUGUGACAGUGUGGUACUGGGAGUUCUACAUGCUGCCCUUCUUCCUGGUGCUGCUCAUCCUGAGGAACUACCUCUGGGUCCGCUCGGGUCAAGUCAGCCAGGACCUGGACAACAUGGAUUUGGGGGAUGAGGAUGAGGACGAUGAGAAGGAGUCAGAGAGGAGAGGACUGAUGGAGAAAAUCCACAUGGUUCAAGACACUAUCAUCACGCUUCAAAACCUACUGGACGAGAUGGCUUGUUUCGGAGAGAGGAUAAAAAACACGUUCAACUGGUCUGUGCCGUUCCUGUCGGGCCUGGCCUUCCUGGUCUGUGUCACUGCAACAGUCCUCACUUACUACUUCCCUGUGCGCUACAUCGUUUUAAUAUGGGGCAUCAAUAAAUUCACCAAGAAACUACGGAACCCGUACAGCAUCGACAACAAUGAGGUGCUUGAUUUCCUGACGAGGGUGCCUUCAGAUGUGCAGAAGGUUCAGUACAGUGAGAUGAGGGUCAGCAGGAAGAAGAAAAUCCAGUAAACGGAACCUGAUGCAGUUGGUGCUCUGCAGAUCCUCUCCAGGGGAUCUGCCCCGAGGUCUGCGGAAUCUCACCUUUUUGUUGGUGUCAGGAUGUGUGGUUGGUUUGAAUCUUAAUCCGCUGCGGUGGUAACACAGAUCUGCAGCGCUCAUAUCGACCAGCACCUAAAGACCUUUCAACCAAAGACGUCCACGCUGAGGACCCUGCACGGAUUACUUUAACCACAUUUUACUAUCAUGCAUUUAUCGAGCAUAUUGUAAAAUUACUUCCAAAGGUUGUAGGUGUUUUAUUGUAUGUACAGUUUAUUAUUUUUAAAUACUCAAAUCAGAGGCUGCUUUAUUUUAUAUAAUAUUCAUGGUCCCAGCUCGUGUCCUCCUUGAAGAGCAAUUUAACUUUUCAUUUUGUAUUAUAGUGAAUGUUUGGUAUGUAACAUUUGUUUGUGUAUAUUUUUACAUAAUUUCACAUUAUGACAGAUAUGAAGACUUUAAUUAUAAGAUAGAUUAUUAUUCAAAGUCACAGAAUUGUUGCUGGGGUAAAAGCAAUGUUCAUAAUCGAUUACCCCAAAAAGAAAAGGGUAUUUUUUUUUCCUUUAGAAAAUAGUUUUUAAGUGCAUGGUCUUUAUGGGUUUAAUGUAUUAAUGAAUUUCAUUUUUCCAGCCUUUUCAUACCGUAUGUCCUAUGCAGCAACAUAUCAAAAGUUAGUGGCAAAAACUAUACAUAUGCCUGUAUACUGCGCAUUAAGUACUGACUAACUUUUACAUGCAGAGGUGAGAGCCUGUGUUCAGUUUUAGAUUUUCUUUCAUCCUACUCAGAGGAUGCGCUGUACUUUGGACACUCUUAGCUUUAUUUAUUGAUGACAGUCACCGCUGAAGACUGUGUCUUUCAUUUCUUACAGCAAUAAACACACACAAUCCA